UGUAAUUUAAUAUAGUUUAUACAUCGACAUCGUUUUCAAGUUAUUUCUACAUCACAACCUCAGCAGAUCUCACAUUCACAACGCAGGUGUGACGGUUAACAACUGCUACAUUUAUCUACGUGUUUGAACAAAGGCGUCGCUAACUGCGUGGACUUAAUAUAAUAUUUUGCAUACGUCGAGUUCAUUUGGUGUGCGUGCUUACGUUACUAUCAACCAACUUACGUCCAUAAGUAUAAAGUUCAUAAUUUUCGAAGAUAACUUAUCUAUCGAGUGGGUUCAGUGAAAAAAUAAUGACAAUGGCGUCGCUUUCAACAAGACGUAUCUUGAUAGUCGUGGUUUGCCUUUGCGUUUUAUUUGUGUUAGGUUUUGUUAUUGGAUGGGUAUCAUCACCAUGUGACGACCACUCACCACCAGACUACACAAUGAAAUACAUCGCAAGAAAACGUAAGGAAAAUGAGAAAGUCAAAGAAGAAUACCAUGAUCAAUUGAUGAAAAUUCUGAGCGCUAAAGAAAUUGGUGAACAUUUAAGAUAUUGCUCCAAACGACCUCACGUGGGUGGAACAACGCGUUCUAAAGUUCUCGCCGAUAACAUAGCAACAAAAUGGAAAAGUUACAAAUUCGAUAAAGUUGAACAACCCAUGUACAACAUAUUUUUACCUUAUGUGCAACCAAACGUUUCCAAUGCUGUACGAGUUAUUGAUGCCAUGGGUAAGGUGACGUUUGAAUUCUCGGGACGAGAGAAGUUGGCUGAUCCCAGUGAAAACGACACGACAAUGAUAGGACCGUUGUUGGGCUUUGCAAAACAAGGAUCAGCGGAAGGAAAACUGCUUUACGUGAAUUAUGGAAGGAAAGAAGAUUUUGACGAGUUGAAAAACGAGCUUAACAUCUCCGAUUGUAGUGGCUUCAUAGUAAUCAUGCGAUUUGGUAAAAUAUUCCGCGGCGCUAAGGUAAAGCAUGCUCAAGAUUGCGGAGCCAAUGGAGCCAUCUUGUACAAUGAUCCAGCUGAUUAUGCAAAGGAAGGUACAGACAAAGUCUAUCCGAAAUAUAUAUGGCUUCCAGAAACAGGAGUACAACGAGGAAGUAUUUAUCAAGGACGUGGCGAUCCACUUACUCCAGGUCUACCGUCUAUUGAUGGAGUCAUCAGAAUACCUCAAGAUAAAGCCAAGCUUCCCAAAAUUCCUGCUGUUCCUAUGCCAUAUGGUGAUGCUGUUCACAUAAUGAAACUUAUGCAAGGCAGAGAAGUACCGGACAGUUGGAAAGGAAAGCUUAAUAUUAUUUAUAAAUUGGGAGACGGUGGUUUAAAUAACAAGAAAGUCAAGAUUACAGUAAAUGUUCCAAAUAAACGCCAAGAUGCAUAUGAUGUAAUAGGAACAAUCUAUGGUAAAGAGGAACCAGAUAGAUGGGUGAUGAUAGGUAAUCAUCGGGAUGCAUGGGGAUUUGGAGCUGUAGAUGCCUGUAGUGGUACAUCUGUCAUGAUGGAAAUAUCACGUGGAUUAGGAGAACUAAUGAAAAAAGGUUGGCGUCCAAGACGAACAAUCAAAUUUUGCAGUUGGGGAGCUGAAGAAUCUGGUUUGAUAGGAUCAACAGAAUGGGUGGAAGAAAAUGAAAGAGCCUUAGCAACAAAGGGAAUAACAUAUAUCAAUGUUGAUAUUGCAGUUUAUAGCAACGAGACAUUCCAACUUGCAGGAUCACCACUACUAAAGUCUCCAAUAAAAGCCAAUGUGAAAGAAGUAGAUGAUCCAAACGGGAAUAAAGUAUAUGACCAAAUGGUUAAGCACAAUAAGAAAUUCUUUUAUUGGAAUCUUGGCUCUGGUUCAGAUUAUGCAAGUUUUUAUCAAUUUGUUGGUGUCCCUUCCUUGGAUAUGUCAUAUGGCGGAAACGUCUUCUAUCCAGUUUAUCAUACCGUUCACGAUACUUAUAAAUGGCUUCAGGGUCUUAUUGAUCCAUUCUUCCAGUUUCAUCUUACAACAGCGAAAGUUGCAAGCAAAAUACUUCUGUCGAUAGCUGAUAGUUUGGUUUUACCAUGCAACGUAACAGACUAUGGGAAAUCACUUGUUACUUCUUUGGAAACACUUAAAAAAAAUCAUCAACAAGAACUGACAAAGAAAGGCAUCAGUUUAUCAUAUAUAGAGAGAGCGAUUAAAGAAUUUCAAGAUGAAACAAGAAAAUUUCAAAAUGAAAAGUUAAAUGCCUUGGAAGAAAAAGAUGACAUCAAAAUACGCGAACUCAACGAUCGAAUGAUAAAUGUGGAGAAAUCGUUCAUAUAUGCUCAAGGACUUCCAAACCGACCUAACACAAAACAUGUUGUAUUUGCUCCUUCCAUAUACAAUUCCUAUGGCUCGACCAGCUUUCCUGGCAUUUCUGAUCUUAUGGAGAAUCAAAACAAAACAAGAGAAGAUUGGCUUCAGAUUGAAGAACAAAUAUCAGUUGUUUUCAAAUCCAUUAAAAGUGCCACAUAUACUUUACAGGCAGACAAAAAACAGCAAUGAAAACUUAAGAAUGAACUAUAGACAAGAAUAUCUUGAAAGUUUCACGAAUAAUUUUUUCUUGAUUUUACCGAAUGUAAAAUGUUGUAAUAGAACACUCCAGUAGCUUAUAGAGUCCUGCGUAACCGGAAACGAACUUGCAAAUUUAAAAAUGACAACAAAUAUGGCGUUCUUUGAUGAACGCAAAAGCAUAAACAAUGUUCGACCUCUAUUUAAAUUUCAUUCAUCAAUAUUUUUCAACAGAAAGUGAUUAUGAACGAUACAAGUUUAUCUGAUUGACUGGCUGUCAAAUUUUCUGUUAUCAGUUGAAAACGCAAUAAAGAAAUUUGACAGUGUUUUA